AUGAAGGAAAAGCUGAAUUUAAAGCUCAAUGAUGCGAUAACAAAGUUCCCUGAAAAGGAAAGUUUUACGAUUUUCGACGAAAAGAUGACAAAUAUAAUUGGUGAAGAAAAAACAGAAGGCACAACUAUUUUUAAAUUUCCAAGUAAUCAAACUGGAUUUGAAGGAAUCAAUUUGACACCAAUAAUCGGUCAAAAAACAAAUGAUCAAAAAGAAAAUGAAGAUAAAGAGGGAAAUGGUGAAGAAGACAAUGAUAAUGAUGGAAGUCAACCAGAAGAAGAUUAUUUUCUUGAUUCAAAUGAAGCAGAGAAUGAAAGAAUAAGUAAUGAUGGACAUAAUAAUAAAAAAGAAGGUGAAACUGAAGUAAAAGAGAAAGAUGGAAAGAACAAUCAAUAUGACAAUGAUGAAGAGAAAAAAGUUGAUGAUAAUGAAGAAACAAAUAAUCAUGAAGAGACUAUACAACAAACUCAAAAUGAAAAUUUGUUGGAUAAAGUUGUUGACAACAUUGUGGACAAUGUCCUUGGAAUUCGAAUUUCAAAUUUAAAUAGUCAAGAAGAUGAAAUCUUGAAUGACCCUGAAAUGAAAACUAUUUUGGAUAAUAUUGAUAUAGACAAGGAAAAAUCUAAAGAUAGAAAUAAAGGAGGAAUAGAAACUAAGAACACGAAAGACGGAGGUGAAGAUAAACAUACAGAAACCGAGAAAGGAAAUGCAGAAGAUAAAGGACCAUCAAAGCAUGAUCUAGAUCAACCAAGAGAGAAGAAGCUUGCUGAUGCUUUCAAAUGCAGAAUAAUAGACACAAAACCCAAACUGACACAUCGGGAGAGUAUUAUUUGUGAAUGGUUGCUCAGCUUACAAGGCAAUAUAUCAGAUGUGGUUGUCCAAACAAAAUAUGGUCAUAUAAUAGAAAGAGCAGUUAUCAAAAGUCUAUAUGCAAACACAGAGAUUUUUGGAGAAGUUUUAGACGCUUGGUCUGAUUUACUUAACCACCAAGAACUGGAAAUGGAUUUUGGAAAUUCACCAUAUAGACUCUUCUUGAAAGUUGGAGUUUCUACUGGUUAUCUAACUUCAACAUUGUCCGAUGAAAUAAAGUAUGAAAAAUUCAAGGAGAACAUUCAUGACAGUACCAAUGGGUACAAAAAAAUAUUGAACAUAAAAGAUAUUGACAUGUGUGAUGCUAUAGAACAGUUUGUGUUGAAGACGAAUGGAUUUGAAGUACAUGUAAGAUGA